GAGAGCCCCGACGAUAAUGCAAAGUGCCAUGUUCCUGGCUGUCCAGCACGACUGCAGCUCCAUGGACAAAAGCGCAGGCAACGGCCCCAAGAGCGAGGAGAAACGGGAGAAAAUGAAGCGGACCCUAUUGAAAGAUUGGAAAACCCGCUUGAGCUACUUCUUGCAGAAUUCCUCCUCUCCUGGGAAGUCCAAAACCAGCAAGAAAAGCAAACAGCAAACCUUCAUCAAGCCUUCCCCGGAAGAAGCGCAGCUGUGGUCAGAAGCAUUUGAUGAACUGCUCGCCAGCAAAUAUGGUCUGGCUGCAUUCAGAGCAUUCUUAAAAUCUGAAUUCUGCGAGGAAAAUAUUGAAUUCUGGCUGGCCUGCGAAGACUUCAAGAAAACCAAAUCUCCCCAAAAACUGUCUUCUAAAGCAAAGAAAAUAUAUACAGACUUCAUAGAGAAAGAAGCUCCAAAAGAGAUCAACAUAGACUUUCAAACCAAAACGCUGAUUGCCCAGAAUAUCCAGGAUGCCACCAGCGGCUGCUUUACGACGGCCCAGAAAAGAGUUUACAGCCUGAUGGAGAACAACUCCUACCCCCGCUUCCUGGAGUCUGAAUUCUACCAGGACUUGUGCAAAAAGCCGCAGAUCCCCACAGAGCCCCAUGCUACAUGAGAUGAAGCGGGGAGCCCCAAAGUGGAGGACGUUUGAUUUUCCUUUUUCCUAAGAAAAGGCCGUGAACUGGCCAGAGACACUGACCUUGAAAUCAGCCUGUGGGUGUCCAGGCAACGUGGCUCAGAACUAUUGAUUCCGAGUUGGGGGCUGGCGAGCCUGGCCGAGCAGAUUGUGCGGACAGCUCCCUGUCUGUGUGGAGGGCGCAGGGGACGAAAGGGGGGGAGUUACGGUGUCCCCUGUGGAAAGACAGGAGUGGGAGGCUGAAAGAGGGCCCUGGAGUCAUCCUCACGGUCCCAAUGCAUCGACAGGUCUGGGAUCGGGCGAUCGUUAGCGCGCUGGGCUGUCCAUCUUUCCCCAAAUCGGUCCCUGUCACCACGCUCUGGUUUUAGUGUUAGUUUUCUCGUACAAGUCACAUUACAAUGUUUACCAUAUACAAGCGUCGCGACGUCACUGUGAGCAGCAGUGCUGUUGUCAUCUAUAACACUAGAGUGAAACAUCUGUGUUUGAACUGUUCAGUGCUCCGUGUAAUCAACACCUCAAAUGUCCGUUGCGAGUGCCAAAACGUGUCCUGAAGGCAGCUACAUUUUGAAGUGGUCUUUGAAUACUUUUAAUAAAUUAAUUUUGAUACAUGC